AGCAAUAUACUUAUCUAUUUUUGCCGAACGUCGAAUCAUCUUUUGAGUUCUUUCACUGAUAAAUUUUUCCCUGGAUCUGUUUCAAACAUACACUCAUACGCUGCCCAGUUUUCGGGCAGGAAAGCUAUCAUGGAAAUUAUUUGGCUUCAACGUCCACAUGACGGCAUCCCCUGGGGAUUUCGCCUGCAAGGGGGACGGGAAUUUGGGCAGCCGCUUGCCGUGCAGAGGGUGGUGCCCGGAAGUGUUGCGGACGGCUCCCUCUCAUCUGGUGACCUAAUUUUAAAAAUCGGAAACCAUAAUGUAACUAAUGCAUACCACUCCGAGGGUCAGGAUCAUAUUAAAAAUGCCGGAAAUACACUGCAACUGACAAUCAAAAAGGUUCCACGAGUCGCUGCUAGUUGUCCAGUGAGCCCCACAUCCUCCCACAGUUUUAGCUUUCCGAACCCCAUCAAUCCGUCUGCCUAUCGUGCAUUCUCACCGGACGCUGACAGAUUGUCUCUGCAACGUCCACUAAGAAGUCAAUAUUCUGCAGACGACGAUAAUCUACGCCAGUUUCAAUCUUUACCACGACACAGGGUAACAGCUGGCGGAAUGCACCCAAGUGGUAUGGAUAAUUAUGAUCCGUACUCAUCUAGAAAACAUGACAGCAACGGUUCGUUUGAUCGUGGAUGCUUCACAAUGCCAAAACCUUCGCCAUACCGACCAAGUAAUGUUCAGGCACAAACCUCACAUUUUCGAAGCGGCAGUAGUGACAGUAGUGGAUACCAUACAUCUUAUAGCCCAACGACAGUAGAAUCACCUAUUGGUUAUCAGCAACGUUCUUCGUCGUCUGCUUGUUCUCCGCCAAAGAGUUUCUACGGUCCAGGGCCUGGUAUUUCUCCCCCAUCAUAUGAAAGAAGUCUCUCCGAUAGAAAUCGACCGUUUUCUCCCUUGUACAAUCGCCAGGAUUCUUUUGGACGAAAUCAAGACCAUUUCAGUCGAAGAAUCAGUGACGAAUUGCACAAUUUACCUGCAGAAUACUCCGAGAAUGUAAACGGCACCAGCAGGAAUCCACAUCAGCUUGUUAGACAAAGUUCAAGGGAGCAACCUAUCUACAGAGGAUAUCAAUCUGACUUUUUAAAUGGACGAACAAAUGUAAUAUCACCCUCUAGUGAAUAUAAUAGAUCACCUAAUGAAAUCCGGCGACAGUUGUCAUUUGAAUCUAAUAUUCAAAACCCAACGUUUGCCCAACCAUCAGUAAAUGUAGGCGGAAAUUCACAACCACGAGGGUUUCAGAGAAGUUAUGUGUAUGAUGAUGACAGAGCAGAAGAAAAACCUGUAGUACAAUAUCAGAGACAGACUUCAUCAGGAACGUUACCUAAGUACGAGUCAACAAUCUCAUCACCUCCACCUGGCCACCAUCCAAAACAAAAUGGCGAAAAACCAGAGCCGCCAGUUAGAUCGCACAGCUUUGAGCCCCGUGUGAGGAAACCGAGCCACGGCAGUUCUACGGGAAUUAGUUCUAUAGAGGAUAUUUUGUCUCCUUUCGAAAAAUUUCAAACUUCCAGUUACUUUAACGAAUUUUAUAAGGACCAGCCAAAGUCACCCCCGACCACCUAUAAGGCGAAUUGUUUGGAUACUUCAAAUUAUAGUUCUCUACCAACGGAUGGUUCUCCAAGCUUACACAGACGGGAAGGAAAUAUUACAGCUUGUAAGGAAAAAAGUGUUUCAAACAACUCGAGAAAUCAAUUCGAGGAACCAGUGUCCUUGAACUCUAGCAAGGAAACAGGGGAUAAGGAAAUGGCUUCGUUUAAUCGAUUUGCACCACCACCCCCAAUGGCACCCCCACCACCUCCUCCUCCACCACCACCACCACCCCCUCCCCCUGGACCCCCAGUGCCUGGACGGCAGAUAACAAGAAAACAUGUACAGCCGGUUAGUAACGAACAGAGGACGCCGGGGGACGGAAGUCCUGUCACCCAAGGACAAUUCUCGGAUAAAAUCCCGGAUGCAGUGUUGAACACAAUGCUUAAACAACAAGGAAGUGGAACUCCAAAGCCAUUCGCCUAUAUCACAGGGGGCAUAGACCUGAAAGAAUUUAAACAAAAGAGAAAUCGACCUCCACCCCCUGUAAUGCCAAAAUCCUACCGGGGUCCAGACCUAAACGUCCCUGAGCCGUCUACGUACAAAGCUCAGCCUUCGCCGCCAAUUAGAGCGCAGCAAUUUCAGCCUCAGCAACAAUACCAGCAGGCUUCGCCAACAACACAACGCUUUUCUAACAACGCUUUGAGCUAUCAACAGCAAGCACAGAGUUAUCAACAACAACCGCAAGGCUAUCAGCAACAACCUCAAACCUAUCAACAACAACCUCAGAGAUCACAAGAUGCUUACAGACAUGCACAAUAUAAUUCUCCAAUCCAGAUGUAUUCUCAUAGCAACGCAGAGGAAGCACUGCGCACGCAGAGUGGCGGUGCUCUUACAGGGAUAUCUGGUUAUCCAGAAAAACCUGCACAAGAUAUCCAACAAUCUGAAGUUUACAAAAUGGUACAGGAAGCGGACGGCAAAGGUAAGAUUGGUAUACAACAGCCCUUGCAUAUCAAUACCGGUCCAGAAUAUAUUCCGGAAAUCACGUCACCGGAAGCUAGUGUUGAAAAGCCCAGAUUUCUUAAACCGAGAAAAGCAGGCCUAUCCUUUCGCGUGUUGCAAUGGAUGACUGACACAGAUGAUUUGGACGAUGAAACUGUCAACGACGAAGACAUAGAUAGUAGAAAACCAAGGCAACCACGGGAUCCACUUUUACGUCAUAAUUCUAUUGAUGACGAGAUGAGAUUUUCUGGAUUAAACAAGAAAACAGAAAUACCUUCAAAAACUUUUAUGAAAUUGAACCAGCUCUCUGUCAACGAUACAAAUGAUUCAUCAACCCAAUUGCAGAAAUACGACCAACCAGAUAGCAAUCAAGAUAAUAUGGAGACGAACCGAGUGGGUAACUACGAACAGACAUCUAUCCGCUACACCGGCAAACAUAUCCCUUCGCCUUCCUUCAGAGUUCUACAGAAAUUUGCGGAUGAAGUUGAUACAUAUGAUUCCUCCGUAAUCAAGAGAGGACCCCAGAUAGAAAGCGACGACCUAGAUGAUACGGAUGACGAAUUACCCGAAACACUCAGUGGAGAGGAACUCGCUGACAAACGAUAUACCGGAAGUACAAUCCCAUCACGCUCCUUCCGCAUGUUGCAAAUGUCAGUCGGAAAUGACGUCACACCUGAAACCGCGGCCGAGCGAACACCACCAUCUGUCAAUCAACAGCAAAGUGACACUCAACCCAAGAUCACGAUAAUCACGCGAAGUCACGCAGUGCCUGCCCAAAUACAACCACCAGAGGACGUGCCCAGUACAGAUUUUUAGACUGACCCAGGAUUCUUGAUCAUUUCAUAGAUGUGCUUAACUAUUGACAGUAAAUGAGAUUGUUCGCAAGUCUUGAACCAUCUAAAACAUAAUUGAGUUUAACCUGUAUUAGAUUUUGACAUAAUUUUCCCAUAUAUGAUUUCAUAAAUAAAGAUAUAUAAGGCUAUUCAUGAGAUAAAAUAAGUAAUGAAUUUGACUGUAUUUAGAGUGAUCCUUGAUCUGACCAUCAAUUAUCGGCGUUUGAAAUGAAAGUAAGACUUUUUUUAAUUUAUAUAUGUAUAAUUAUUAUGUAAAACUUCGUUUGUAUCUAAUGAGUUCAGAUUUAUAAUGUAUUGUAAAUGUAGAAAUUAUAGUAUUCAUAUAGCUAUUGAUGACAUGGUGUAUGCAUAAUAUAAAUUCACUCUUGUGUAUCAUGUACAUGUAUAAAGCAAAAUGUAUAGUUUAUGAACCAUUUUCUUGCCAUUGUCAGUCUGUAUUUAUAACAUAUUGGUACAUUUUUGGUAUUAUUUUCUAAAUUAAGGAUGUCAACGAGGACUCGACUACUCGACCCCUCACUUGGUCAUAGCGAUUAUCGACGAAAUAUUUUUAGUCGGUUACUCGUUAAAUUGUGCUGUUUGAUAUGAUUUUCAUUUUCAAAUUAAUAUUUUUCUUCACCUAUCUACUUAUGUCCAAACUCUGACCCUCCUCGGAUACUAAAGGCAUAUAUAUCAUUGGGGAGGUAGAUGUGUGCGUAUUAUGAUACUUAUUUUGAUGAUUAGAUUUGUUGUUUUCACUAAAUUGCAUUAUUAAGUCGAUAAGAUUUAACGCUAGCUCUUAUAUGUUUUUGUUUUGAUAAUAAAUACACUUAACUGUUUACCAGUCAAAGCAUAGUAUUUGAUAGUGUAUUUAGAUAAUAAUUCAGAUACAAUAGCACACAUACUUGUAUUAAGAAAUACGUUAUAUCUGACGGUAAUUUGAUUUAAAUACUGAGUGUACAAGCAUUUUGAAAAGGACAAACUUUCAUUGACAAGACCGACAUGAGAAAUAAAAUUCACAAGAACUCGACUAUCGCUCGACUAGGUUUUCCGAGUGAAAUUGACAUCCCUAGUCUAAUCCCCCCCCCCCUCACACACACACACACACACACACACACAAAUCUUUCUAGCUUCAAACAUCAUUCUAGUAAAUUUUGAUAUGGACAGAGAUGCAUAUUAAUACUUCACAUCUUACAAGUUACGGAUAAUAUCUGAUUGUUAUUAUCAUUAGGUUAUAUAAUUUUUCCAAGGUAAAAUAUUCUAAUAAAAUAACUUGUACUUUUACAUGUAUAUGGAAUGUUUACAGGAGAACUCAGCAUUAGAGAUAAAAUGGAGAAAAACUC